UUAGGUGGAGGAGGAAGUUGUAUUCCGCCAUCUUGAAAAUUUUGCAUAGUAGGAGGCUCAGAAUCUGCCUUCAUCCGCGAUGGAUUCCAAGGGCAACAAAGUCAUCGUAUGUGACAAUGGAACAGGGUUUGUAAAGUGUGGAUAUGCUGGCUCAAACUUCCCCGCUCACAUAUUUCCGUCGAUGGUUGGACGGCCGAUUAUUCGAUCAACUCAAAAAGUUGGAGACAUAGAAAUCAAGGAUUUGAUGGUCGGUGAUGAAGCCAGCAAACUAAGAUAUAUGCUUGAGGURAACUAYCCUAUGGACAAUGGAAUUGUGAGGAGCUGGGACGAUAUGAAGCACGUCUGGGAUUAUACUUUUGGAGAAAAUAAACUAAAUAUUAAUCCCCGAGAAUGCAAGGUACUGCUAACUGAGCCUCCAAUGAAUCCAAUGAAGAACAGAGAGAAAAUGGUUGAGGUUAUGUUUGAAAAUUAUCAAUUUGAUGGAGUUUACAUUGCCAUCCAAGCUGUCCUGACAUUGUAUGCCCAAGGUUUAUUAACGGGUGUCGUAGUAGAUUCUGGUGAUGGUGUCACACAUAUUUGCCCAGUCUAUGAAGGMUUUGCUCUUCCACAUUUAACAAGAAGAUUGGAUAUUGCUGGUCGUGACAUUACUAAAUACCUGAUAAAACUGAUGUUAUUAAGAGGUUAUGCUUUCAAUCAUUCUGCCGAUUUUGAAACAGUACGGAUGAUGAAAGAGAAACUUUGUUAUGUUGGAUACAACAUUGAACAAGAACAGAAACUAGCACUUGAAACAACUGUGCUUGUUGAACAGUACACGCUUCCAGAUGGACGAGUUGUCAAACUAAGUGGAGAGAGAUUUGAAGCUCCUGAAGCUUUAUUCCAACCUCAUCUUAUCAAUGUUGAAGGUGUUGGAGUAGCAGAGCUUUUGUUCAAUACCAUUCAGGCAGCAGACAUUGACACUAGAUCAGAGUUUUACAAGCAUAUUGUGUUAUCAGGAGGGACAACUAUGUACCCAGGUCUUCCAAGUCGACUAGAGAGAGAGAUUAAGCAAUUGUAUUUAGAAAGAACACUCAAAGGAGAUGUAUCUAAACUAUCGAAAUUCAAGAUUCGUAUUGAGGACCCACCAAGAAGAAAGCACAUGGUDUUUAUGGGUGGGGCAGUACUUGCCGAUAUCAUGAAGGACAAGGAUCAYUUCUGGAUGACACGGCAGGAGUAUGAAGAAAAAGGAAUACGAUGCUUGGAAAAACUUGGUCUCAAAGUCGGCUAAAGUCUAAGAUAGGCUUGGGUAUUUAGAUCAAGAUUGAGGAGAUGGUGUUAUUCAAAAUUCUGAAAGGACUUGCAUUUAUUGACAUGAGUCACUUAUUGGGAUGCUUGUACAUUAAAAAUAGAUMAAUUCAUUAGUAAAUAUAGAUAAAUAAUAAGUUUCAAAGACACUAACCAACAAUGCGCUAUUCUGAAAAUGCACUGAUGCAAUUAUUUUGGACAUUCAAUGGUUAACAUACAAUUACUAUAGAGAAGACAAAAAACCUUUGAAUUGGAUGCUAAACUAAUACAACCUACUAGACACACACAAAUCACAAUUAUAUUAUUUUGUGUGUAUGACUACAAUUGUAGAAUACAGCGCUACAUGUAGAGUGCAUGCCACAUAAGUGUGAAACAAUUCUUAACCAAUUAGCGCCUAAUAAGAUUUAGUUAUCAAUUAACUAAGAAAACAGUGAGGCAUAAACAAAGACAAUUUCCUUUUUGGCAUUGU